GUAAUAAUUCGACAGAGACAGACAGAACUACUGUCGAUUCUUCGCUAUUUGAGCUAGUGAAUUGAUAAAUCUCGAGAUUAACCGGUACGCUGUUAAUUUCAGAGCGGAAAAGCACAUACUCAAUUGAAAAAACGUAGAAAAUACUUGUGUAGUGAUUUUUUAAACUUAAUAUUAUCGAAAAAAUGGCUAGUAUGUCUGUUAUUGGUAUUGACUUAGGAAACGAAUCUUGUUAUGUGGCCGUCGCUAAAUCAGGAGGAAUAGAAACAAUAGCGAAUGAUUAUAGUUUGAGGGCUACACCAUUAUGUGUUGCCUUUUCUGGAAAAAACCGUAUCUUGGGGGUCGCUGCAAAAAAUCAGCAGGUGACAAAUUUGAAGAACACAGUAUAUGGGUUAAAGAGACUUUUAGGUAGAAAAUUCAGAGAUCCACAUGUUCAACGAGAACUUCAAAUGUUACCAUUUAAUGUUAUUGAAGUAAAUAAUGGUAACAUAGGGAUUAAGGUUCAAUAUUUAAAUGAAGAGCAUAUUUUUUCACCUGAGCAGUGUUUGGCUAUGCUGUUAACUAAAUUGAAGGAUAUUUCAACAUCAGCUUUGAAAACACCUAUAAAUGAUUGUGUUAUCUCUGUACCAUCUUAUUUCACAAAUAAUGAAAGGAAAGCUCUGUUGGAUGCUGCCUCUAUUGCAGGUUUGAACGUCCUGCGUCUUUUCAAUGAAACAGCAGCUACUGCUCUAUCUUAUGGUAUUUAUAAGCAAGAUCUUCCCGCUCCUGAAGAAAAACCUAGAAAUGUUAUAUUUGUUGACUGUGGUCAUUCAGCACUUCAAGUAUCUGCUUGUGCGUUUCAUAAAGGGAAACUCAAGAUGAUUGCCACCAGUUCUGAUGCUAACUUAGGUGGAAGAGACUUUGACUAUAUAUUAGCAGAGCAUUUCUGCAAAGAAUUUCAGACUAAAUACAAAAUUGAUGCAAGAAGUAAUCCCAGAGCCUUCUUGAGACUUCUGACAGAAGUUGAAAAAUUGAAAAAGCAGAUGUCUGCCAAUUCAACAUCCCUGCCCUUGAACAUCGAGUGUUUCAUGAACGACAAAGACGUUCAUGGAGAUAUAAAGAGGUCAGAUAUGGAAGCUAUGUGUGCUCCCUUGUUCCAACGAGUGGAAGAGACGCUGAGAAACUGUCUAGAGCAGUCUGAAUUGUCACUUGACGAUAUUUAUGCAGUUGAAAUCGUUGGCGGGUCGUCUAGGAUCCCAGCAAUCAAGCAACUCAUUGAGAAGAUCUUCAAAAAGGCUCCUAGUACCACCUUGAACCAAGAUGAGGCUGUGAGCAGAGGAUGUGCCUUGCAAUGUGCAAUGUUGUCACCUGCUGUGCGUGUUAGAGAUUUCAGUGUUACAGAUGUGCAGAGCUAUCCUAUCUCUGUAUAUUGGGAAGCUAGUGCUGAGGGUGAUGCAGGAGGCAACGUUGAAAUAUUCCCAUUGAAACAGGCAAUCCCAUUCUCGAAAUUGCUGACUUUCUACAGACAUGAACCUUUUGCUAUCAGAGCUUGUUAUUCUGGCAAUGUUCCUUAUCCAGAUAAAAAUAUUGGCACGUGGAUCAUCAAAGACGUGCGUCCCAACUCCGAGGGCAAAGCUCAAAAAGUCAAGGUAAAGGUUAGACUGAACCUGCACGGGAUCAUGUCGAUAUCCAGCGCGUCGAUGUACGAAGCAAAGAGUACCGCGGAACCGGAAACGCCCGAAGAGCAGCAGCAAGAGCAGAACGGGCCGGAGGACGCCAAGCGGAACGGCAGCAGCGACGCAACGGCCGCCAACAACGAGACCGACGCACCGAUGGAGACGUCUAACGGCGGCGGGGCCACACCGCCCGAGGUAGGCUCCGGCACCAGCUGGACGAAGAAAAUUUCUGGCUGGUUCGGCGGGGACGGUGAUAAGGACAAGAAGAAGAAAAAUGUCGUCAAGAGCGUGGAACUACCGAUUGAAUCUCUGACAUACGGCUUCUCCCAAGUAGAACUUAACCAAUACACCGAGCAAGAAUGUAAGAUGAUUGCUGCAGAUCGACAGGAAAAAGAGAGGGCCGACGCUAGGAACGCCCUAGAAGAAUACGUUUACGAACUUAGGGGGAAACUAUCGUCUGAUGGGGAGUUGUGUGAGUUUGUGGCCGAAAACGACAGGUUGAAUCUCGUCCAGCAACUGGACCACAUGGAAAACUGGCUAUAUGAAGAAGGGGAAGAAUGCAACAGACAAGUAUACUGUGACAAACUUGCGGAGUUGAAGGGUAAAGGUGAACCUAUCCAGAAUAGAAGAAUCGAGGCAGAAUUGAGACCGAUUGUCUUUGAGGAUUUCGGCAAAUCACUACAGCUGUGCCAGAAAAUCCUUGAUAAAAUAAGGAGCAAAGACCCGAAAUACGCCCAUCUAACAGAUGAAGAUGUUAAAAAAGUUGAACAAACCUUGGUUUCUUCAUUCGAAUGGCUGGAACAGGCUAGAUCUAGACCGGUCAAACUAGAUAUUCCUCCUCCAAUCACGGUCGCUCAAAUUAGGCAAGAGAAAGCGAACUUUGAGAGUACUGUCAAUCCCAUUCUUAACAAAGCACCACCCAAAGCAAAGACGCCACCAAAAGAUGAAAAAGAAACCAACGAUAAUAAAGACGGAAAGCAGCAAGAACAGCAGCAACAGCAACAAAAUAGCCAAGGAGAGUCUCAACAACAGUCUCAAGAAAACAUGGACUGGUCAUAAAUUAAUGAAUUAACUAUAUUCUAGAUCAAUUUGCUUUUAAUGUUGAUCGUUGAAAAAAACACAAAUUUUGUUAAAAAAAGUUUUUCAGAUAACUUAUUUAUUCAAUAUGCUCUUUUUUACUUAAUUUCCUUGCUGAAAGAGAAUAACACUUUGCGCUAAUAUCGAUAGCUGGGAAGGUUUUAUGGACGACAUUAGAAACAGCCUCAUUUUGAACUCCAAUAGCCUCGCUUUAGUUACAAAAUUAUCAUCCGUUGUGCGGCGAAUUUACAAUGUAUUUACCAAAUAGAUUCUUUAUUUUUUUUAAGAAAUUCUUUCAUCAAUUUAUUUUUCAAAUUUCACUAUUGUGAAAUUGGUUUGCAUUUAUUUUCUCAGAAUAGAUUCAUAUGCAUGCAGUAUUACUGAUAAAUGAGAGGCCACAUAACGUAGGAUUUCAAUUUUGUUCCUGAUUUAUAGUUGAUAGGUUUUUUUUUGGAGAGGAUUUCAGGACAUAAUUUCACUGCUUCAUAGGAUGAAUGUAGGCGGAAUAUUGUAAUGACUUUCACCAUGAAAAUCAUUUAGCGAUUAAAUGGAAUCAAUGAAAAUCUUAAGCUGUACAUUUUAUCUAGUUAAAUUUAGAAGUAAGGGUUAUUUAUUACAUUUCCUUAUUUGCUGUAAAUAUUUCUCCACUUGAAUUUAUCAAAAUUCAAAAUAUUAAGUAAGAAAGGGCAUUUCAAUACUGCUGCACAGUUCUUACACGAUUUAGAAUUUCUUCUAAUUGGCUACAGUUUUCAUUCUAAUUAUUGAUCAGUGGAAUUGUCCUACUUUUACGUUCAAUAAAAUGUGUAACUCA